AUGCCACCCAAAAGAAAAGCUUUGACAAUGGAUGACGAUGCUGCUGCUGCAACACCUGUGGCUUCUACACCAACACCAACAGCAACAAAACCAGCAGCAGUUACAUCCUCUACAUCUACAACUAGUUCAACAACAUCAUCAUCAUCAUCGUCGUCAGUGAAUGUACCAAACAAAAAGAAUAAAUCUGAUAAUACCGAUAACAUAAGUACUACCAAUAGUACAUCGACACUUGACGGUACUUAUAUAUCAUGGACAUGGAAGGAGUCAGAGACUGUUUGGAAUGAGUUUACUCCCGCCGACUGCAGUGCAAUAGAAAGUCUUUAUGUUAAAGAUCCCAAAUCAACUGUUGAAAUUAAAGUUAAUGAUUCCAUAUUUAUAAAGUUUGCAGAAUUGACAUAUCAUAAGGGUGAUAAUAAACAAACAGCUGUGCGUAGAGCUGAGGCAGUUGCCGUUUGGUCGUGGGAGAAGGCAAGAGGUGAAUUCUAUGCUUUUGACAGUGAGACAUCAAAGAAGAUCGAUGCUGCACACAAGAAAGGACAAUCAAAGGUAUCCAUUGACACCGAGCGUUUCAUCAAUCUAUCGACAUUCGAACAGGUGAGAUUCGACGAUGAGUCAAAAACCAGAAGAGUUGCAAGAUCUUUCAAUGAAAUAACAACUCUUUUAUCACCAACUUGGUAUCAAGCUGAUAAUGAUACAUGGGUAAUGUUAUCAGACAGUUCAGAAAUUGAAAAAAAGUAUCAAUAUUAUUUAAAGAAUGGAAAGAGUACAACAGUUACAACGGCAGAUGGCGAUAAGAUUUUGUUUACGAAAAUGACAAAGGAGAAAGCGGGAAGCGGUGCUGGAAGUAAUGCGGUGUUUGUAAAGGUGAAGCGUGACAAUGGUCCCGCAGCUGCACUGAAAAAGUCGUACUCACAGCUCUCAGAAGAAGAGAAGAAGCUAUUGAUUUCAUCGUUGUUGGCAGGUGAUAAAUCACUCACAGCAGCAGCAACACCAACUCCAACCAAAGCGAAAUCAAGUAGCAACGCACUCUUUUUGCCGGGUGAAGAGGAUAUCAUUGCCGGUGACAAAUCAAUGAAAUAUGUUUUGAAACCAGUUAGACACUUUGACAACUCUAUCGCCGAUCUACAUUUCAGAACUGCAGAAUCACAAUUCUAUCGUUUGUUAGAGUCAUCGGCCACCUCUUAUAAAGUAUCGAAAGUUGAAUAUAUUAAACAAGAAUUUCUAAAAUUAGGAUACACUGAGUGCUCUCCUGUUUUUGGAUUCCACGGAACCAGCGCCAAGAAUAUCAUCCCUAUUUGCGCAAACAACUUUUCAGUUCCAGGAACCAACGGUGUUGACCAUGCAACCGAUAGUGGAUGGUAUGGAAAGGGUAUCUAUUUCUCAGAGUAUCCAGAGUAUAGUAUUGGUUAUAUUUCAGAUUGUUCCAAACUUUUGCUUUGCAAAGUACUCCUCGGUAAAUCUUACAAAUGUUCUGGAUUAAUCACUGGUCAACCAUGUAAAACUGGUUAUACAUCACAUCUUUCACCUGAUGAGAAAGAAUUGGUUAUCUUUUCACCAGAUCAAAUUCUACCAUGUUACAUUGUACAUUAUGCAGAUGAUGAAGAUAAUUCUUAUAAGAAUAGCACAACUGACUAUUGGAGUGCUGAAUCUCACAAACCUACUUCAAAUCUAAGUGGAGUUAAAGUAUGUUUAUCAGGAACAUUGGCAGCGACUCAUAUCAGCCUUCACAAUCUAGUGACGAAACACGGUGGAACCUAUUCCUCUUCGGUUGUGUACGGUGUGACUCAUGUGAUUUCAACUAAAGCCGACUUCACAACAAAGAGCGGUAAGGUUUCAGCCGCUGAAGGAAGUAACAUCCCGGUGGUCUCUGAGAAGUGGUUGUACCAAUCGAUUUUGCACGGACUGAAAGAUCUCAAUGACUAUUCAUUCGCAAUGAAACAAACGACCAAACAAGAAAUCAAAGCAGUUCCACUUUUGGACGAUGGUAGCAGCACUAUCGCUUCGAGUGGUGCCACCCUCGACGCUACACCAAGCAAGCCGCCUUGCAAGUACGGCGCAGGCUGUUAUCGUAAGAAUGCACAACACUUUAAAGACUUUUCACAUCCAUUCAUUCUUGAUUAG